GUCAUCUUCACGGAAUGAUGUCGCUGAUGUGGAUGGGAGUCGCGACCGUGGUUGCUGCUGCGUGCAGUAGCGUGGCGGAAAGCAGGCAAGUGCAAGUAAACUUAACGACGUCCUUCUUGGCGUCUCCGCUGCAUCCUGUGCUGGAAACGUCCGAGUAUCUGUCGCAGGACAACCCCGCGUUGUUCUUCACGUACGUCGCGGCAGUAGACGUGCGGUACAAUGCGAUCAAGGACAAGAACAAUGCCAACUACACGAAGGUGGCGCUAGAAGCGGCUGCCGACGUGUUGCCGGCGGACUCGUCCGUGUCACGCUUGCUUCCGUUUGUGUUGCAGACGCGUGCGCACUCGCCUUCCAUUGAACUGUUCAACCAGUUGGCGAUUGAAUCUGCGUACAAAGCGUGUCCGAACCAAACCGUGUCGGCAUGGGCAAUCAUCUAUCGCGACGCUGGGUGCGCCGACGUCGUGUUGUGCGACAUCCAGGACUUCCAACCCUCGAUGCUGCACGUCGACGAGGAUACCUCGCCUUCUUCGGACGACUCGGAGCGCACCUGUGCGGCCUCGGGCCAGCACGACUUUCAGCUGCCCGUGGACCACGUGUAUCCGUCGCCCAACGCCGCCGCCGCCGCCACCGCGCCGCAUGUGAUUGUGUACGGCGCAUUGAUUUCUCCAUCGUUCCGAGCAUUCCACUCGACGUUCGUUCCGUUGGCCGUCGCGGGGAACGUCCAUUACAUCGUCCGCCACGCCCCCACCGACAACACGCUACCGGUGCUCGUCCAUGGCUACGGGGUGACGCUGCAUGUCAAGAACAUGGAGUACAAGAGCUUUGACGACUCCAAAGCCACGUCCAGCCACAACAGCACCGCCACCGAAGACGACAUCGACGCGGACCAAGACGAGUUUGUUGUGUCGGUGCUGAUGAAGAAAAACGACGAAGUGGCGCAGGCGUUGCGCGAGUACCUCGACGGGUUUGAAGGCGGUCAAGGGACCGACGACGACGACGAGGAUGCCAAGGAUGUGACGACGCCAGCGCCGUGGCAACUGACCCAACUGGGAUACUUGGCAACGCAAUACAUUAUGGCGGCAGAAGACCCAUUGAAGCGCUUGCAGUUGCUCUCCCAAAACUUCCCCAAAUAUGCGUCUUCACUCGUCUUGGCGUCCAAGCCCGUGCCCCAACAAACCAUCGACGACAUCAACCAUGCCCGCAGUCAAGUUGCCACCCAACGCCUCUACAACCGGAUUGUCGUGAACGGACUGCCCGUGGACUUCAACGAGUACGGAUUCAACGCGUUUGACUUUUUGAAGUCGCUCAAUGGCGAGCUCCGAUUGGCCGACACGCUGGCCAAGUUGGACCCGACGGGGUCGAUCAAAGCUGCGAUGGGAUCGUUGUCCAGUGCUCCCUCUGACGUGCGCAUCUCGUUGCGGGGACCCGUGGAUGGCCACGCGCCGUUGUAUUUGAACUCGAUUGAAACGGAUGAAGAAACGGCCGAGUGGCCCACGGACCUGGGGUCGUUGCGAGGCCCGAGCUGGAGCUUGAUUUACUUGCGCAAAGCCAUGUACGAGUUGAUCUUGGUUGUCGACCCCACGACCAAACAAGGCAUUAACGCGAUGAACGAGCUGAUUUUUUUGCGGAAUCGUCAAGCGCCAGUUCAGUUUGGGGUGCUGUGGACGUCGCCGGAACUGCUUGCGUUGUCGGCCGAGGAACGUGCGACGUACGCCCCGAGCGUAGAAGACAAGGAUGUUGCGACAGUGUUUCACGUGUCCAAGAUGUUUUUGGCGGCCAGAGCCAAUGGGAAGAGCGCGAGGGACAAAUACUUGCGCGAAGUGCUGAGUCUGAACGACCUGACGGUCAAGGAGGUGCUGCAGAUCUAUAGCCAGGCAGUGGGCGAGCGCUACACGAACGACGAUUGGCUACAGAGUGCCAAAGCCAUCUUAACCGAUGGGGACAACGACGGCGUGUGGGCCAUGACGAACCUCGUCGCAGAGAAAAACCUGCCGAUCAACUCGCAAGUGUUCAACGGCGUCGUGCGCAAUCAUGUGAACGUUCAGGAAGAUAUUAUGACUCAUUUUGCAAGGGACCAGCCGCUGUACCAGACCCUGGUGCGAGCCAAUCAGAUCACAGACGACAGCGAUAUGCUCAGCGAGUUGCUCGGCAACGAAGAAACGUACGCGGUCUUCUGCCCCUGGUUUGAUCCCGAGUAUAAACCACCCACGACUGUUGUCCAACUCAACUGGAACGACCCUGUGUGGAAGCAAGUUGGAUCGUUCCACGCGUCUGGUACUGUGACCAAACCCAAGCGCCAAAACGUAUUGCUGUUGGCCAACUUGGACACUUCGGUUGGCGCCACUAGCGCCUAUCACGCGUUGAAGCGAGUGGCAGACUUCCCCGAGCUUCGACUGAGUGUCGUCCACACUGGAAGCCCAUUGAAAGACUCGCUGGGCAACCGUAUCGCAUAUAUCUUGACUCAACUGGGCCAUACUGACUCGACCACCGCCACAGCCGUCGUCCUUGAGGUGCUUCGGUUGAUGAGUAAAAAACCCGAAGCCGAUGCUAUAUCGCAUGCGCGCUUGUUUGUGCAGUCGCGAGUGGAUGCAUCGUCGUCCACUUCUGACGACGAACAAGUGCUCAGUCAGUUGAGUACGUGGCUGUUCUCAGCAGUUGCACCCCCCUUCUCUGCCACCCUUCCAUCCCUGUCAUCUUUGCAAGUCAUACCCGACCAGCAUGUGAUAUACGUCAACGGUCGGCCGUUGGAGCUAGUCGCGCCUGUCACACCUUCGUUGUUUGACGGGUUGGUCGCUUAUGAAUCUGCGACACGGUCCAAGGCAGUGUCCAAGGCGUACGUGAGCCAGUUCAAGCACAAUGUGUUGACUGCAGAGGACGCAGCCGACAAGACCCUCCAGCUCAACGUCGUGCUCUCUAUGGUCGACUCGUACCUGAAAACCCCACGCGUGGCCGCCGUUUUGCCCGACGACGUGCAAAGACCGACCUACUCGUAUGUGACACCGUCUGGAUCGUCUUCGCUGGACGUGGUGGCUUACUUGGACCCGUUGAGCGACACGGCACAGCGCGCCAGUGGCAUCCUGCGUAUGCUGCACAGCGUUUUGCAUGCUAAAAUCACCCUCGUGCUGGUACCGCCUCCAAGCUACGACGAGUUUCCGCUCAAGCGGUUUUAUCGGUUUCUAUGGGGUGGGACCUCGUCGUCCCUGGUCGAGUUUGACAGGCUGCCACGUCAUCCCGUGCUCACGUUGAACAUUGAAACCCCGGAGCUGUGGAAUGUCCAGAUGGUGCAGAGCGAUGUCGAUAUCGACAACAUCCAGCAGAAUGCGUCGGCUACAUUUACAAUCAAGGACGUACUGGUGUACGGGCAGUGUGUGGACAAGACCAACGCCCAGUACCCUACGCUUCCGAACGGAUUGCAACUCGUGUUGGAGCGAAGUGUGGCCAAGUUGCACAGCCACAAGGAUACAGUUGUGAUGAAGAACCUCGGGUACUUUCAGCUGCAAGCUGCACCUGGUGUAUGGCAGCUGGGACUUGCCAAAGGACGCCAUUCGACUAUUUAUGAGCUUAUAUCCAACGACGCACGCGUGGACACAGUGCCUGUGAUUGUAUAUGACUUUUUAUCCAAGACAUUGCAGUUGGAGGUGAAGAAGCAGCCGGGCCAGGAAGGCGUGCGACUGCUGGACGACGGCCCCGAGGCGCCCAAAGCACCCGCCCAACCAGAAGAAACGUCGGUGUGGACUUCUCUGGUGCAGUGGGGCGCUGGCAGUUCCAAGCUGGAAACUCGCAAGGGCGAUACAAUUCACGUGUUUUCGCUGGCUACAGGGCACUUGUAUGAGCGAAUGCUCAAGCUCAUGAUGUUGAGUGUAUUGAAGCGCACCAACAACCCCGUGACGUUCUGGCUCUUGGAAAACUUCUUGUCCCCAGAUUUCAAAAAUAGUGUGGCGGCGCUCCAAGCCGAGUUUGGCAUGGAUAUCCGCCUGGUCACGUACAAGUGGCCCAACUGGCUGCGGCGCCAGACAGACAAGCAGCGCAUCAUCUGGGGCUACAAAAUCCUGUUUCUGGACGUGCUAUUUCCGCUCGGGGUCGACAAAAUCAUCUACGUGGACGCCGACCAGGUCGUCCGCGCCGACUUGAAAGAGCUCUGGACCAUGGAUCUGCACGGCAAAGCAUAUGGAUACACUCCGUUUUGUGACUCGCGCAACGUCGGGUUUCAGUUUUGGCGCAAGGGGUACUGGAAGGAUCACUUGCGGGGCAAGCCGUACCACAUUAGUGCCUUGUACGUGGUCGACUUGGUCAAAUUCAAGCGCAUGGCGGCAGGUGAUUCGCUGCGUGCGAUUUACGAUCAGUUGAGUGCCGAUCCCAACUCGCUAUCGAAUUUGGACCAAGAUUUGCCCAACUAUGCGCAGCACCAGAUUCCCAUCUUUUCCUUGCCCCAGGAAUGGUUGUGGUGCGAAAGUUGGUGCAGCGAUGAGUCCAAGGCCGAGGCUAAAACGAUCGACUUGUGUAACAACCCCAAGCACAAAGAGCCCAAGCUGGAUAUGGCCAAGCGCGUCAUCUCUGGCGAUUUGUUUCCUGAGAGCUGGCUGCAGUUGGACGCCGAAGUCAAGGCCGCCGAGGCUGCGUACGAGUUGGCUUCCGACUAGCAAGUUUUCGCAGCAACGAAUAACGUCAGAUCUUUAGAUUGGGCACUCUUUAACACGCUGGGAUUGUGGGAGGUUGUUGGAUUAGUUAGUGUAAGUACACCUUUUUGCAGUUAAGUU